GUGCAACAAAAUAUUAUUUUAUUUUAUAUAUAUAGGGGACUUGUAUCUCCAAGUGUCUAUAUUACAACAUCCCAUACUCACUACUACGUUGUACGAUAACUAUUUUUCCAUAUUAAUGUUCUAUACAGAGAUAAGAUGCACAUGAGUCUAUACUGAGAGUUUCAGAAGAAACCUACGUCCAGUUUACAUUCUUUGGCCUAAUAAGAAGGUUUUGCCUUUUUACAAGAGUUCCGGGUUCUUAGCAAUGAGUAUAAUGAUGGACGGAGCAAAUAUAUACAAUGCAAGUCAUAGUAUAAGAAGUUCGAGGGGUGGUAGUACUUCGUUAUGGAGAGAUCAGGGUAUCGGUGUUUUUUCUAAAUCUGUGAGAGAUGAAGAAGAUGACGAGGAGGCUUUGAAAUGGGCUUCUAUUGAAAGGCUGCCUACUUUUGAUAGGUUGAGGAAAGGCUUACUUCUUGGAUCACAAGGUGGUGGCUUUGAAGAAGUUGAUAUUGAUGCUCUCGGAAUGCAUCAGAGAAAGAAUUUAGUGGAGAGGCUUGUAAAGGUGAUUGAUGAAGAUAACGAGAAGUUAUUGUCCAAGCUCCGAGAUCGAAUCGACAGGGUCGGAGUGCAGUUGCCCACAAUUGAAGUUAAAUUUGAGAAUCUGCAUGUUGAAGCAGAAACUUUUGCGGGGAGCAGAGCUUUGCCAUCUUUUAUCAACUUCAAUCUUGAUAUAUUGGAGGGGCUGUUAAGCAUUUUUCAUAUACUUCCAAAUAAAAAGAAGAGAUUAACCAUCCUGGAAGAUGUUAGUGGAGUCAUCAAGCCUUGCAGGAUGACAUUACUUUUAGGUCCUCCCAGUUCAGGGAAGACCACACUCAUGCUUGCUUUGGCCGGGAAGCUAGAUCCGACCCUUAAGACUUCUGGAAGCGUGACUUACAAUGGUCAUGGCAUGCAAGAUUUUGUUCCUCAAAGGUCAGCUGCCUAUAUAAGCCAAUAUGAUGUCCACAUAGGAGAAAUGACUGUGAGAGAGACUUUGGCUUUCUCUGGAAGAUGCCAGGGGGUCGGGUCAAGCUAUGAAAUGUUGGCAGAGCUCGCAAGAAGAGAGAAAGACGCAAAUAUUAAACCUGAUCCUGAUGUUGACAUCUUCAUGAAGGCAGCAUCAACAGUAGGUCAAGAGGAUAGUGUGGUCAUAGAUUAUGUCCUGAAGAUUUUGGGACUUGAAGAGUGUGCAGACACUAUGGUAGGAGACCAGAUGAUCCGGGGUAUAUCUGGAGGACAGAAGAAACGUGUUACAACAGGUGAGAUAUUGGUAGGACCUGCGAGGGCACUUUUUAUGGAUGAGAUAUCUACUGGUUUGGACAGUUCGACAACUUUUCAAAUUGUAAAAGCGCUGCAGCAUACUGUGCACAUUCUGCAAGGAACUGCUCUUAUAUCUCUCCUGCAGCCUGCUCCGGAAACUUUUGAGCUAUUUGAUGACAUUAUUCUCUUAUGUGAUGGUUACAUAGUGUAUCAGGGUUCCCGUGAACAUGUGCUUGACUUUUUUGAAUCUAUAGGUUUUAAAUGCCCAGAAAGAAAAGGUGUUGCAGAUUUCUUGCAAGAAGUGACGUCAAAGAAAGAUCAGAAACAAUACUGGCUCCAUAGAGAUCAACCUUACAGAUUUAUUACAUCCAAAGAAUUGGCUGAGGCUUUCCAGUCAUUCCAUGUCGGACAACAAGUUACAAAUGAUCUUGCAACCUCAUUUGACAAAAGCAAAAGCCAUCCAGCUGCUUUAACCACCGAUAAGUAUGGUAUUAACAAGACUGAACUACUGAAAGCCUUGACUGCUAGAGAAAUUUUGCUAAUGAAGAGAAACUCAUUUAUUUACGUAUUCAAGCUGUUUCAACUUACUGUGAUGGCAUUGGCACUCAUGACACUGUUCUUAAGAACUGAGUUAAACCAAAAUACAACUACUGAAGGAGGGUUAUACACGGGUGCUUUGUUUUUUGGUGUUGUUAUGAUCAUGUUUAAUGGAAGUGCAGAUCUUGCCAUGACAAUAGUAAGGCUUCCUGUCUUUUACAAGCAAAGAGACCUUCUUCUUUUUCCUACAUGGACAUACACUCUUUUAACAUGGAUUACCAAGAUACCGGUGACAUUUGUGGAAGUUGGCUUGUGGGUAUCCCUAACCUAUUAUGUGAUUGGAUUUGAUCCGAAUAUUGGAAGAUUGGCUAAACAAUACCUGAUAUUCGUACUAAUUAAUCAGAUGGCUUCUGCACUAUUCCGGAUGGUGGGGGCACUUGGAAGGACGAUGAUUCUAGCAUACACAUUUGGUGGAUUUGCAAUGCUUGUACUAUUUUCAUUAGGUGGAUUCGUCCUAGCUCGAGGGGAUGUAGCGGACUAUUGGAUAUGGGGUUACUACAUCUCCCCAAUGAUGUAUGGUAUGAAUGCCAUUGCGGUGAAUGAAUUUCUUGGCCAUCAAUGGAGCAAAUUAACUUCAAAUGGGAGUGAGACCAUUGGGGUUGCAGUUUUGAAGUCUCGUGGUUUCUUCCCAUAUUCAUACUGGUACUGGAUAGGCACUGCGGCCCUUGUUGGAUUCAUUCUAAUAUUCAACUUUGGGUACACAAUGGCACUUAUAUAUCUUAACCCUCUGGGAAGGCCUCAAGCUGUUAUACCAGAGGAAAGUGAUGGAGCUGAACAAGCUGCCGAGUUGAUUAAAAAUAAUCAGAACAGAAGGAAAGGAAUGGUUCUUCCAUUUGAACCACAUUCUAUUACAUUUGAUGAUAUUAAAUAUUCUGUUGACAUGCCACAGGAAAUGAAAGAGCAGGGUGUUGUCGAAAAUAGACUAUUGCUUCUGAAGGGUGUAAGUGGAGCUUUCAGGCCUGGUGUUCUGACUGCAUUAAUGGGUGUCAGUGGUGCUGGCAAAACAACUUUAAUGGAUGUUCUGGCUGGUCGUAAAACUAGUGGACAUAUUGAGGGUAACAUUACUGUUUCGGGUUAUCCAAAGAAGCAGGAGACAUUUGCUCGAAUAUCUGGAUACUGCGAGCAGAAUGACAUCCACUCGCCUCAUGUUACUGUGUAUGAGUCAUUGCUCUACUCCGCCUGGCUGCGGUUGCCUUCAGAAGUUGACAAGGACAAAAGAAAGAUGUUUGUCAACGAGGUCCUGGAACUUGUUGAACUAGACACCUUGAAGGAAGGGCUGGUAGGGUUGCCAGGUGUAAAUGGUCUUUCGACUGAGCAGCGCAAGAGGCUAACUAUUGCAGUUGAACUGGUAUCAAAUCCCUCGAUAAUAUUCAUGGAUGAGCCAACUUCAGGACUGGAUGCCAGAGCUGCUGCAAUCGUGAUGAGAACAGUUAGGAAUACUGUAGACACGGGGAGGACAGUUGUUUGCACUAUCCAUCAACCUAGCAUCGACAUAUUUGAAGCUUUCGACGAGCUUUUCCUGAUGAAGCGAGGAGGACAGGAGUUAUAUGUGGGUCCAGUGGGUCACCAUUCUUGUGAAUUGAUCAAAUACUUUGAGGCGAUCCCAGGGAUAAAUAAAAUCAAAGAUGGAUAUAAUCCGGCAACCUGGAUGCUAGAAGUUACUGCAUCUUCUCAAGAACUAAUUCUAGGGGUUGAUUUUACUGCACUUUACCAAAACUCAGAUCUGUACAAAAGAAACAAAGCCCUUAUCAGAGAUUUAGGUACACCUCGUCCUGGUUCUUCAGAUAUUAGCUUCCUGAGUCAGUACUCCCAAUCUUUCGUGGUCCAGUGUGUGGCUUGUUUAUGGAAACAACGUUGUUCAUAUUGGCGAAACACAUCCUAUACUGCAGUGAGAUUUAUCUUCACGGUAGCUAUAGCAACUUUGUUUGGGUCGUUGUUCUGGGACCUUGGAACCAAAUUGGAUAGUCGGCAAGAUCUGUUUAAUGCAAUGGGCUCGAUGUAUUGUGCUGUCCUCUUCCUUGGAUCCCAAAAUUCUAAUUCAGUGCAGCCAGUUGUGGCUGUAGAACGUACAGUAUUUUAUAGAGAAAGAGCUGCAGGAAUGUAUUCUGCUUUGCCAUAUGCAUUUGCGCAGGUUCUAGUGGAAAUCCCGUAUAUCUUUUUCCAAACUGGAGUAUACGGUCUUAUUGUUUAUUCCAUGAUGGGAUUUGAAUGGACAGUGUUGAAAUUCUUUUGGUACUUGUUCUUCAUGUUCUUCACCUUUCUCUACUUCACCUUCUAUGGUAUGAUGGCUGUGGCCAUAACUCCCAGUGCCGAUAUUGCUGCUAUCGUUGGUGCUGGAGUUUUUAACUUCUGGAAUCUCUUUUCAGGAUUCUUCCUCCCUCGACCUCUUACGCCAGUAUGGUGGAGAUGGUAUAUUUGGCUAUGUCCAGUUGCUUACACCUUAUAUGGUCUGCUUGCAUCACAAUUUGGUGACAUUGACGACAAGACCCUCUCAGACACAGACCAAACUGUCCAGAACUUCAUCGAAGAUUAUUUUGGGUUUCAUCAUGAUAAAGUAUGGGCCGUUGCACUCGCUGUAGUUGGAUUCGCAGUUCUCUUUGCAUUCACAUUUGCCUUCUCCAUAAAAGCAUUCAACUUCCAGAGACGCUAGCCAGGCGAUACUGCAUCUACACCUAGCAAAUAUUUCUUAUGGGAAAUCAACUGUCGAAAUUGUUGUAAUGCUAUUGAGCUUCCCAGACAAGAGAUUAGUUGGACCAAGUAAAUUUUCAGAUCGGAGGAUCAAUUCAAAAUUGUAAUAAAUGUGGACAUGUGUAUCUCUAACAGUAUGGGUGUGAACUAUCUUAAUGUAUAAUAAACAAUCUAGAAAAUUAAAUUAUAUAUUAUUUUAAAUAAUAAGCAGUCUGACGAUCAAUUUUAUGAA